CUGACAAGCAGCAGCAGCAGCAGCAGCAGCAACAGCAACAGCAACAACAACGCAACAACCGUAGCCGCAGAAAAAGUUGGAAGAAGGGGGGACUGGCACUUGACACGAGCCUGUGAGGACCUCUAGGCGUUGAAGACGCAGUAAGACGUGCGUAGCGAGCGACGGCGACUGAAGUCAAGACACAUGUACCCUCAGGAUAUAUUCGAGUGGCAGCAGCAGCAGCAGCAGAAGCAGCAGCAGACGACACAUUUAACGUCUGGCGUGGGGUUGAAGUUGAAGUUGCAGUUUGAGCUUGGGGCAUUGUUGGAAUUCUUUGCUUGACUUAUGCCACGCAACAGCAGCACCAACAGCAGCAGCAACAACAGCAGCAGCAGCCACAGCAACUGUCCAGUGCGACAAUUGUAUAGUUUCUACUUUUUCCACUUGUCAUUGUUGUUGUUAUGUCAGCGCCAGCAACAGCAAGAACAGCAGCAACAACUACAAUAAUAGCAAGAACGAACAUGUUUAACUCAAGCAACAGCGGCCAGAGCAACAACACCAACAGCAACAGCAACAUCUCCAUCAUCAGCAGCAGCAGCAGCAACAGCAACAGCAACAUCAAAAAAAUUAACAACAUUCUAAAAGGUUCCUUCACUCCUCCUCCUCCUCCUACACACUCCAACACUCGCCGAACAACAGCAAUAACUGCAACAACAAUUAAAACAACAACAACAACAACAACUAGAAGAACAGCAACAACUCACUACCUGCCCCUGCUCAGCUCAGUGUUGUUGUUGUUGUUGCUACUACUGUUGUUGCCAACAACUACAAAAGCCGACUGGCUAAUGGACUGCGGCAAUUGUCACUGCAAAUGGAAUUCUGGGAAAAAGACGGCAGAUUGUAAAAAUCUGAGCUUAAGCGCCGUACCAGAGAACCUAAGCUCUGAACUGCAAGUGCUCGAUUUAUCGCACAAUCGUAUACCCUAUUUGGAGCAGAAUGCCUUCCUCACCGCCAAACUGCAGAAUCUACACAAGCUCUUCAUCAGAAACAGCACAUUGGAGCAGGUGAAUCCGCGAAGCUUUACACAAUUGGAAAUACUGAUAGAGCUGGACCUAUCCAAUAAUUUACUGAGAAUCCUGCAGCCCAAUGUUUUCGCUCGUCUGAUCAAGGUGCGGGCGCUGGUACUGAAUGGCAAUCUGCUGGAGUCUCUGGGACCGGGUGUAUUUCAUAAUUUGAAAUAUCUACACAAGAUCGAGCUGAAACAUAAUCGCCUGAUGCGCAUCGAUGCGCAGGCGUUUGUGGGCGUGCCACUGCUCUCGCAGAUCUAUCUGGACAGCAACCAAUUGAGUCUGUUGAGGAAGGAGAGUUUCGAGGGUCUGAAGCGUUUGACGGCCCUCUCGCUCGAUGGCAAUCCCUGGAACUGCACUUGCGAGUUGCAACUCUUUAGGGAUUUUGUGCUGCGCCAGAAUCUGUACACGCCGCCGACGGCCUGCUUCUAUCCCUUGCAGUUACGUAGCAUGCUCUGGAUUGAGGAUCAGCCGGAGGCGUUCGCCUGCAAGCCCAAGAUUAUAUAUCCAACACGCGGGGCAUCCAUCAACACUUCCAAGGAGAAUGUGACGCUCGUUUGCCGCGUGCACGCCUCGGCGAAUACAAUUAUCGCCUGGGACUAUAACAAGCAGCUUUAUCGAUCAACAACGACCAGCACAACGGGGGGAACGGGGGGAACGGGGUCAGGAGCAGGGAUGCCAGCAUCCACCCUGGCGUCAUCCUCAUCGACGGCUUUGCUCGGCCAUGGCGACAAUCAGCGCGUUCACAUUCAAUUGUUGCGCGACGAGGCCGCCAAGGAGGAGGAGUUCGGUCGCGACAUAUUUAUCUCACGCCUCACGAUCUUGGGGGCCGAUAAGAGCGAUGAGGGCAUCUAUACGUGCCUGGCCGAGAACGCCGGCGGCAAGGAUGCCGUACAAAUGAGCCUUCUCGUGCAAAAGACCGGACCAAGGGAUCUGCUGAUGCACAGCAAUCUCUUUAUCGUAAUAUGCCUAAUGGCCCUGGGACUGUUAAGUGUGUCGGUGCUCCUCUCGAUGAUCACCUGCUGCAUCUAUAAGCGCUUCAAGCACCUCAAUCCGAGUCAUCACGAGCACAUGCGCCAUUUGAAUCUCUCGCCUCAACAGCUGGCUGGCAACGAGAACGAACGAACGGCCAUCAAUGUUGUUAUAGCUGGUGGCACGGAGGUCCUUCUCGACUCGGUGAGCACGGCCGAGAAUACAUCGCUAAGCAAUUACAAACACCACAAGGCGACGGCUGACUUAACCAGCAACACCGGCGGUGGUGGAGGAAUGGCCGGCUCUGGCAGUGUUGUUGGAGUGGGUGUCGGCGUCGGCGGCGAGUGUGUAAAUAGUAAAUAUGUGGAUGUCAUCAAGUGCGGCAACAACAGUGUCAUUGUCGGCUACUUGGACAAUCAGGGGGGAGCGGCGGAAGCGAUAGGGAAGCGUUCGGGUUCCGGCAUCGCUGUAGGUGGAGGCGUCGAGGAGCGUGGUGCACACAACCAUGGAGAAAAUCAAUAUUUGGAGCAAAAGUCUGAAGAUAAGUCCAAUGCUAGGCCCACGCAAGCGGAGCUGAGUCGUGCGAGCAGCGGCGGAGGCGGAGGCGGUGGUGGCGGUGGCGGCAGGAGUGGCACAGUCCACAGUUUUGGCAGCCUCAGCAGAGGCACCUACACGGACAAUAGUGGCGAGGGCCGCCAGGUGGCCGUUGAGUACCAGCCGGACCUGCUGCCAGCUUAUCGCACCACCAGAGGCAGCCACCACAAGCUGGAGCAUCCAUUGCCCCCCAGUGAAGAGCUGCAGCACAAUACCAACAGCAACACCAAUAGCAGCAACAAUACGAGCUCGUCGCGCAGCAAGUACAACAUAAAUGUGCAGGAAUACUUGCAGAGCAAAUAUGGGGCCGGCAAGCUGGGAGGGGGAGCCGCCAAUCUGAACAACAACAACAAACACAACACAACAAUGAAUAGCAACAACGAGGAGGAGCGCGGAGCGUGCAAUAGACUGGCGACUAUGCCGAUUGCGGAGCGAAUGCGAAUAAGCAAGUCACUGGUGAUGACACGCCCACAACCCACCGAGCGGUUGGCCAACACCAGCAUCAGCUACGAGUAUCGCCAGCCACCACCGCCACCCUAUAGCGCCUCCUGUCGGACCACCACCGGUUCCGGCCCCGGCUCCGGAUUGGGCUCAACACAUGAGCCAGCGACGCUGCAAACCUAUGUAACCACUUCCGCCUCGGCCUCAGCCUCUGCCUCAUCACCCGCGCCUUCGUUGAGUAUCCUGAACACGACCAUCGGGGGCGGGGGCAGCGGUACAAUACGACGGCAGCUGCUCUGA